UUUGUGGUCCUAUCUGCUCAGUUCAGUUUUGAUUCAACGUGUGUUCAACGAAGUCAUAGCAAGAUGGGAGCGUGCGGCUCGAAGCCAAAGAAGAGGAAGAGUACAAGUGACUCACUGUUGGAGAAUCGCUUGAAACACGACGCGAUUGUAAGAAAAGAAAGCAACAGCACUGCAAAUGGAUAUAAGAAAACAUCAACAACGGUUGUCCGUACAUCAGUACAAAACAAUCGUGUAGUGAGCUCCACAACUACCCAGUCCGUUUCAAUAAGUGGAUCGAACCCUUUAAACCGGCCUUCGCUGACGGGGAAUUUCAUUCAGCAAGAGGCAAUUAGCACCGGUUUCUCUUCUGCGCAAAGCCCUGUCCAACAAACGAAAAAUCGCCCUCCCUAUAGUCCAGUAUAUAAAUCCCCUGCUGUCGCCCCGGCAAUACCAUCGACUAUUAGCUCCGGUUCAAAAUUGGGCGCUGGCAAAUACGAUCUAAGCAAAAAGGCAUACGUAUUGGUGUUCCACCACGACAGGUUUAAAAAUGCCGAACAAAAUAGGGAGGGCAGCGAGAAAGAUAUGGCAAAGAUUAAAAGUUUUUUUCACGGUUAUCGCCUUGACCGGCUCAAUGUUAACGAGAACAAAACUGCUGCGGAAGUGCGCUUCAUAAUGGAUCGAAUUGCGCGCCAGAAUUUUAGCGACAACAGCUGCUUGAUCACCAUCAUAAUGAGCCAUGGGCUUAUGAAUGAUCAAAUCUUGGCUCAUGAUGGUAACACGUACAGCUUCGAGGACGAAAUUGUGGAAAAAUGCACCUCAAAUCGGACGCUCGAUGGCAAACCGAAACUUUUCAUCGUGCAAGCAUGUCGGGGAGAUUCAACAAUGACAACGGAUUCGAAGAAAACCCAGAGCAAGAAAAGUGAUGUGUUGACUUUUCAAAGCACAUAUAAAGGAUUUGUCGCCUUCCGAGAUAUCCAAAAAGGAACAUUUUUCAUCCAAAAUUUUUUCGAGUUGCUGGACCAACAUCGGGACAAAGACAUUUGUCACAUCAAUAAGCACCUAAAUCAAAUGUUCACUCAGAAAGGAAUUUCACAAAAUCCUACCAUGAUCAGCACUCUCCAGAGGGAUUUGAUCUUUAGCGACUUACGCAAAUCUUGAAGUUAUGCACCUUUGAGAUAACAAACAUCUAGUCAGUCGCAAGGAAAGUAAUGCUUAAGGGGAAAAUGUAACAUAACGGCAUACACCAUUCCAUUCAACCGAGACAAUGUGCUACCGGAGCUUCAUGGAAAAAUCCGAUUCCGUUCUAGCUGAAAGUGCUCGUAUUUUGAGAGUAUUUUUAUGUAAGAAACAUAAAAUGAUAUAAAUUAAUUAGCGAGCCCAUGUCAAUAAACGAACGAUGUAAAAAGUCCUAGA